CUCCCUAAAUAAUAUUAUUGUUUUCUUUCUUUUCUCAACGAAAUUAUUAAAGGUUAUGUUCUAAGAUGGUUUAUAUACAUUUUCCUGCAAAUUUCACUGAAGAGGAGCUGAUGCUGCAGAAUAAAUACCAGAAAUUAAAGAAAAAGAAAAAAGCUCUGCAGGUUCUAAGAGCUCCGAAGCCUGAACCAGAGAAACCGAUCAUUCCAAAGAGGCCAGCUGAGGCAAGAGAUGCAAAGGAAGUCGCUAAGAAAUUGUUGAAGUCUGGAGUUAUACCAGCAAUUCCCAAGCAGCAGAAGCAACCCGAACAAGGUUUUAAGAGACCAAGGGGACUUGAAAGGAAAUUGGUCUCAGAGAAGACCGUCAGUGGGUAUCAGCCUUUCUCAGCUGUACAGAAUGAAGUGGGUCCAGAUAAUCCAGAGAAUAAGCCACCUAGGAUUAAGAAUUUGUAUGAUAGUUUUGCAUCUGCUCGUGAUAGAGAGGAGAGAGGGAUCAGUGAAAAGCCUAAAGACAAACCUGAUAAACCUAGGCAGGGCAAUACCAUUUACGUUACUGGAUAUAAAAUUACUGAUGAAUUCUUGAAAAAGCAUUUCGCUACUUUUGGCAGUAUUGUCAAUAUUUCUAUGGAAAUUGAAAAGAAUAGGGGCUUUGUUACAUUCGAUAAGGUGGAAUGUGCUGACAGGGCUAUAACUGAAAUGGAUGGUUGUAUGGUGUCCGGAAUUGAGUUGAAAGUAUCUUUGGCUAGGAGGCAGCCCCAAAUUGAGCCAAUCAAUGAUGCUACAUCUUCAACGGCAUGGUCCACAGUUGCUGCAAAUCAUUCACAAAAGGGUAAUCAUAGAGACAAGAGGGAGCUGGUUACGUAUGAUGAUAUGUUUGAUUGAAUCAAUCAGAUAUAAUUAUUGUUUUUAAAUUUUAAUGAUAUAGAGAUAUAUGUGCAUAUAAUCGAUACAAAUAAAUUAAUCCUGAAACGCUAAUAAAAGAAAA